UAGCAGGGAAAUAUCGGGAAAGUUAAAAUUGUGAAUGGAUUGCUUAGGAUUAUAGUAAAAGAAAUAAAAAAUAUAUGUACAUUGGUAUUUGUCUGCAUACCAAUGUGAAACUAAUCAACAUAACCUGUCGAUCAAAUAACGACAAUUUUUUUCAAGUUUAUCGAUUACAAAAAAAAUAUUAUAGGGUAAUUUUAAUAGUAGCACAAAAGCACAAUUUUUUUGUUUUUAUUUUGAUUCGAUUGAUAUUCGAACGCGGAAGUGGUUUCGUGUAUUGACGCUCGCAUUGCGAAACAUGUCCAAUUGUUAUUUUAGAAAUAUAUAAACAUGUCCAAAUUAUGGUGAAUUACUCGUCGGCCCCGGAGUAAGAAAAGCAAACCUAAAUAUGGCCUCGCGAGGAGACAAAGGGAAUGGAAAUGGCGAGGAGCAGAUCGUUGAGACAUUGGCGGAGGUGUUCCGCUGCUUCAUCUGUAUGGAGAAGCUGGUGGACGCACACCUCUGCCCGCACUGCUCGAAGCUGUGCUGCUACGCGUGUGUGCGACGAUGGCUGACGGAGCAGCGCUCGCAGUGCCCGCACUGUCGCGCAGCCUUGCACCUGCACGAGCUCGUCAACUGCCGCUGGGUCGAGGAGGUCACCCAGCAAAUCGAGACGAUGCAGCAGAGCAACUCCGCUAGUCAGAGGGAGAGCUUCAGAGAUAGGUGUCCCACGCAUCAGGAGAAGCUGACUGUGUACUGCUGGACAUGUCGGCGCUGCAUCUGCCACCAGUGUGCUCUGUGGGGAGGCACCCACUCGGGACACACCUUCAAGCCGCUAGAGGAGGUGUACGAGCAACACGUCACACAGAUCCGUGAUGAAGUGUCCCAGUUGAGGCGCAGACUAAUGGAACUCAUCAGUCUGGUGCAAGAUGUGGAGCGUAAUGUGGAAUCAGUUCGCGCUGCCAAAGAUGAGCGAGUGCGCGAGAUUCGGAACGCCGUGGAACUAAUGAUAUCGCGCCUGGACUCCGCUCUGAAGGCUAAACUCCUCACUUUGAUGGGCCAGAAGAACAGCCUGACGCAGGAGACGGAACAACUUGAACACCUACUGCAAGAAAUUGAACAUCAACUGCAUUCUAGUACUAGGUCUGAAUUGAUAGCCAAGAGUGGCGAACUUUCGAAGAUGAUUCACCAAGUUCGAAAGAAGCCGAUGGCUAGCUUCGUGACUGCUCCCGUACCGGCCGAUUUUCACAGCGAAAUCGUCCCGAGCUACGAUAGCAGCACGUUUCCCCUCACGAACUUCACGCAGCUGCAGCACGCGGCCGCCCCCGUCUAUUCAGCACCUUUACACGUGAACGGACUCUGUUGGCGCUUGAAAGUCUACCCUGACGGCAACGGCGUCGUCAGGGGAAACUACCUCUCGGUAUUCCUCGAACUAAGCGCUGGAUUACCUGAAACUUCCAAAUACGAGUACCGUGUGGAGAUGCUGCACCAAGUGUCCCGCGAUCCCUCCAAGAACAUAGUGCGCGAGUUCGCGUCCGACUUCGAAGUCGGCGAGUGCUGGGGCUACAACCGCUUCUUCAGGCUCGACCUGCUCGCCAGCGAGGGCUACCUCGACCCUGAGACUGAUACUCUUAUACUUAGAUUCCAAGUGCGUCCACCGACGUUCUACCAACGUUGCCGCGACCAGCAGUGGUACAUCAACCAGCUGAUUACCAUGCAGAACCAGCACAUCCUGCAGAUUAAUGAUCUCAAAGAGCGUCUCUCCCUCGAAAUGUCCCGCAACUCGAUCGCGGCGACUCGUGCGCAGAACGGCUCCAACACUCCGCAGUCGAACUCUGGCAGCAACGAUACGGACAACCCUUCUCAGAACAACCCCGUCGAUGGAAACAGCCUGAGCGACUCCAUUGUGUUCGGCAACCAGUGGAAGUUCAGUGCCCCACAUAAUAUCAUGAGCGGACAGAGGCUUGCUAGUCCAGUGGUAGUGAACACGGGCAUGUUCGCGGAGGAGUCGCGGAACAACGACGUGUCGUCGGCGGCGGGCGGCGCGUUCGGCUACGGCGACUACCCGCCGCUCGAGCGCCGCCCCCGCGCAUGCGCACAUGCGCAGCACGCCACACAUGCGCUAGACGCCGGGUACAACCUGCCCUCUACGUCACGAUCUGCGAACUCCCUGCACGUGUCGGGCACAGACAACAUGGCUCUGGUCAGCCUGCACACUCUGCUGAGUGCCGCCAACGCGCCCAGCCGCGUGCCCAGCAAGCUGGCCAGCAAGCGCCAGCCCGAGCCCAGGCCUGACAAGCAUCAUGUGCCUGCUAAGGAGUCUACCCUUACCGCGGUAUCCAGCAGCCCAGUAACUGAAACCAGUAACCCAGCCACCACCAACGUGGUGCUGUGCUCGUCCAUCUCGUCUCCGGAGCUGAACGCGAGCGCCAAGCUGGAGCCCGGCGAGCCCGCGCCGCAGCACCCCCUGCAUGCUGCGUCGGAGAGCAGCAGUGAUACUGGGGAUUUGAUGUUCAGCGAACUAGAAGUGUUCGCCGAUGAAAACAACCCCAGUCACGUGGACGAGAACUCUAACGAAGAGAACGAUGUCGACGACGAAACUAUGUCAGGUGAGAACGACAUCGAGUCAGCGGGCGGCGCGGGCGGGGCGGGGUCGGGCGCGGACAUCCUGCGGCGGCUGGUGUGCGCGGUGGCGGGGCGCGGCGUGACGCCGGCGGGCUCGGACGGCGUGGCGCCCGCGCCGCCCGCCGCCCGCGCCGACCGCGACCCGCAGCUGUCCACCGCCGCGCACACCGACAUGCUGCUGCUCAACCUCAUGCGCAUGAACGGACUCACGCCCAAACAUUCCAGACAUUCAGGCAGCAAACGUCACUGGUCGGGCAGCGCCGGCAGCUCGGAGAGUGGCGCCAGUCGGCGCAGCACGUGCCGCGCCCCCGCCUCCCCCCCGCCCCGCCCGCGCCGCCCGCCGCCCCUGUCGCCCGGCCAGCUGCGCCACCGCCCCGGCGCCAGGCACCCCGCCACAUCAUGCACAGUGAGCCAGUUCGGCGGGUCGUCGCCCGGCACGCCGGAGCGAGGCGCCGCGUCGCCCGUGUCCGCCGCGCUGCACGACUACUGGCCCUCCGUGUCCUCCGUCAGCGACAACGACGACGUCGACGCCGUGCUCGACUACAACGUAAAUACUGAUGCUCAGCAUGUGCUUAAUGACACGCUAUUCGACAUGCUGCUGAACAGCCUGUCGAUCGAGGGCGGCAACUCGAGCGGCUCCGCCCGCGCCGCCACGCCCCCCGCGCAGCCCUGGUCCCCGCCCGCCGCUCCGCCCGACCGCGCGGACUGACCGCGCUACCGGCGCGAGUACCACCACUGAGCGCGUGCUCAGACACGACUACAAUGGCGACUCCUUACCUUGCCUGCGAAUACAGUGCCCACCACGGAGAACAAAGUGACUAGCGGAGGUGCCAUAACGGAAAAUCUCCUAAAAAAGUAGCGCCCCAAAAUGCGUGUGUGCGGGGGACGAGGAACGUUACUGUCUUCGCCCUUACGCCUUCUUUGGACCCAACCAUUUUUCGUAAUACCAAAAAUUGUUGAUAGAUGUCCCAAAGAACCCGAACGCUUCGUUAGUUCACUUGUAACUGAUCGUUUUGGUCAUGCCACCGUACAUAUUUGACCUAGAACAAGGCGCCUGACCUACCUGCAUCAUGGCAUCUCCGCUCAUCUUUCCUCCUUCUGUGGUGCCCACAUAUACAGAUCUGUGCUCGGGCUCAAGUCAGGGAGCCACCAUUAAGUUUGUCAAGUACUGAUUAUUGACUGUUUCUGUCUAAAGCCGAUGUUACAUUGAUCAACCGAGUCGAAACGUGAUAUUCCAGGUGAUUAACGCAAAGUGAUCAUUCAAUCCUGUAGUGUUGAAGAAAUUAAAUUGAAAAAAAAAAUAAGCAAAAAUGAUUCAUGUAAUAUCAGCUUUAUAUAUUGUGAGAAACCCGUAGCAGAUGUCGUCAGCGAUAGUUGCCGCUGCCGUACCGUGCGCUUCAUAGAUCUCUCCUCGUGAGGCACCAUAGACCUUACAACGUGUAGGUAACAUUCGCCACAAUUAUACUCCUUACGAUAUUUGAGUGUGCCCCUAUUCUGUUGAGAGAUUCGGGUCUCCUCGUCGCCUAGAUAGAAUAUAAAAACGUAUAAAAAGUACGGGCAUUAGGUAAAAAGACUCAAAAUUUAAACGAUCUCUUGUAUUUAUUAUUUUUAGUCAUUAUUAACGUUUAUCAGUACAAUUAUUCUAAGGUGAUCCGAAUUUGUUUCGCCUGCCAAAAAUAUUAGAGUGCUAUUUUAUUUUGUUCUAUGAUACGAUAUAUUUUUAUAAUUAAAUUAGAUAUCCCGCAAUGUCGGCCCUGAGAUGCUUACUAGUAUUCGCAUUUAUAAUUAAAUAUUUACUUGAAGAACUCUCCACAUUUCACAUUAGAACCUCCUUGCCACCAUGUCAAGAAUUAACAUAAUAAUUACCAAUAUUAACUUACUAGAGCUUGUAGUCCGUUUUAAUGAUAUUAGCAAGAAUAUAGACAAGGAUUUUAUUACAAUAAAUAAUAAUGCAUAAUAAACGUUUUUGAAACUCCACUAUAGGUAAUGUUAUCUGUCGGGUACCAACCGGGAAUCAGCAUGAUGUCAAAAUUUCGCAUUCGAAUAUGAGCUUUACGUGCAUCUGAUAGGGUAGAGAAUGGAAUGCUCUCCCGGUAGGUAGGUCGACACUCACUGCAACUUAGUUCCGAGUGUCACUAGGUAUCGAUAGUUCAAAUAUUUGAUGUUUCAUGUGAUUAUAUCGAUCUCCGGCUGCACCCGGCGUAGUUGUCGAUGUUAAGUAUUUAAUCGAUUAGUUACGUAGAUUGACAUGACUGAAAAGUUCAAAGUGUGUGAUUCUUUAUCGUUAUGAGGGUUGAGUAUUCAGUAGUGUUAAGAUACGACUUAUGUAUUAGAUCAGUCGAAUGUUGGUUGAUUUUAACUAAUUUAUUGGAUUAAAUUACCGAAUUAAUAACUAAUUUAGUUUAUUUUAUUCACAGAAUUAAAUUAAAAUUAAAAAAUACAAUUUGAUGGGUACAAGUUAACUUCUGAUUUUCGAUUAUAAAAAGGUUUGAUUAUUAUAUUUUUGAUUCCAUAUAAAAAAGUUAUGUAUUGAUGUUAUGAUUAAAUGGAUGUAAUACAUACAUAUUAUUAAAAUGUCACAAAAAUGGAA